AUGAAGCCAAAACUCGAACCAAGCAAAGAAGUGCCGAAACUGUCGGAAAGAAAGCAUUUUAAGGUGGGCGUCAUCGUAAGCUUCGUGCUGCUGGUCAUCUUGAUAAUAUGCGCUGUGGCCGGCAUACUUGCCUACGUCGGUGUCCAGAGCAAGAUGAUUGAGGUUGUGAGCAGUGACCCUAUCGAGAAUGUCGUCAAGUACCAUGUCCAAGACGCCAACCAGGAAGCCUGGAUUGUCAACGACUUCAACACAGACAUAAAAGUGACGAAAAUAGCUUCGAAAAUUGGGACAAACUGCUUCAUAAGCCCCCUCAACAGAUCGAAAGCCAUGGAGCCCGCAAAAAUUACAGUGCCUGAAUCUUCUGUCAUGGAUAAACCAUCUGAAUUGGUUUCUACCGUUUUUAAAAUUUCUGGUGAGCCAAUUGAGGACAAUUCUUUCUUGAACAAAAUGGCAAGAGAAAUGUGCAAAGCAGUAAUAACAAUAUUCAGAACAAUGAAAUACCACGAGAAACAAGCACGCAGAUUAUCCAAAGCCUGUAAAAAUGACGAUGACGACAAUAGCGACGACAUCAACUACAACAGCCACAACCACAACAACUAUAACAACCAAAACUACAACUUCCUUUGCGACAUCACUGAAAAACGCAUCAACAACUACAUUCAUAGCCUCAACAAGCAACAACAACACUGCACUACCAAACAGUAA